ACCGAAACCCGGAAAAAGGUUCUUGAAUCAUUCAAAGCUGCCAUGGACUACCAGUACCAGUGACGAGAAGCUGAAUUUCUCAAGGUGUUUGACAGUGUCAGAGACAGUGUCAUGGGUGAGAUCAAGAAGAGAGCAGCAGAAAACAGGCGAAAUGAGUUGGAGGGCACUCUGGAUUUCUUCCUGGCGCACGUGAAAAAGCAUGCUUCCGUGACGCCUGUAUUUUCUGUUAACACGCCUGAUGCGCCAUGUAACGGAAAAUCUGCAGUGGCACAAGACCUGGCUGCAAGUUCACAGCAAGCUGCUCAAGCAAUGAUGGUUGUGGUUGUGGAGAACAGGAACAAUGAGGGAAGCCUUGCUACAACUGUUGGUCAAACAGAUAAAGGGAAUCUUCUGAUCGUUGAUGAAGGCACAUCAACUAGACUGAUUGCCACUCUGCUACAGUUGGAGAAGCACAUGUUGAUAGUGAGCUAG